AUGUUGAACACAACACGUUUUACUCAUUAUCUUCCUACAUUUUCAUUUACGUUUGAAUAUAAUAUUCCAUAUUAUCUUCAACGUCUUCAUAUUCGUGCAAAAUCAGCAUUUAUAUCUCUUCAAGAUAUGCCACGUUAUCCAUUACGAUUUAAUCAAGUUCCAUCACUUUUUUGUGAACCUUUUAUUUUACGUGGUUUUCGUUCUAUUCAUCAACCAUGGUCUUAUUAUUUCAAAUCUUUAUUUCAUAAACAUAAUGAAACAAUUAAUGUUUGGAGUCAUUUAAUAGGAAUUUUAUAUAUGGGACAUUUACUUUUUUAUUAUAAUACAAGAUUAAAUUUUUAUGAAAAUUCACAUUCAUGGCCAUUUGCUGUAGCAUUAUGUACAGCAAUAAUCAUGUUUAUGUGUUCUGCAUUUGCUCAUUUAUUUCAUUCAAAAUCUGAAACAAUUCAUAUGACAUGUUUUUUAAUUGAUUAUAUUGGUGUUAGUCUACAUGGUUUUGGUUCGGGUUUUCUUCAUAUUUAUUAUUCUGCACCACAUUGGUAUUAUGAAAAAAUUGAAUAUCAAUAUGUAUUUGUUCUUCUGAUACUUGGAAUAUUCGCUUGUUUUCUUAAUUGUUUUGCACAAUAUUAUUAUCGUCGACCAUAUCCACCCAUAAAACGUAUUUGUCAAUUUUUUCCAUGUGGACUUUUAUGGAUUUAUACUAUUAUUCCAUUAUGUAUACGUUUAUAUUCAUCAAAUAUUUUAUCAAAUCCAGCAUUAAUAUGUCAUUUAGCACAGAUUAUUUUAUUUCUUAUUGGGGCUACUCUUUUUGGUUUUGAUUUACCUCAACGUUUUUGUCCUGGUGUACUUGAUUUUAUUGGACAAGGUCAUCAUUUAUUUCAUUUAUGUGUUUAUUUUAUUACUAUUUGUCAAAUGCAUGGUGUCUAUUGGGAUUAUGAAGAAUUUCAAAAAAUAAUUGAUCAACGAAGUAAACCCGAAUUAAUAUUUUGUGCUGGUUCAAUGUUUUCUCUCAUAGCAUGGGAUUUUGUUAUUGUUUGUUUUUUUCGACGAAAACUUCAUAAAAAAUAUCAUAUGCAUUAA